AUGUCCAACAAGUACGGCACGUUCAGCGACGCCGGGUACUUGGCCGUCGGGGACCCGUACCUGGACGGCAAGGACCCGCUCGCGCAGUCGUCGCGGUACCGAGGCCUGAACAUGAAAGCGUCGACGCGAAAGACGGGCAAGGACAACAGGGCGUGCUUCGAUAAGCUCAAGCCUCUGUACGCGAACGAGAAGUACGCGCUCACGAACGAGGAGCGCGCGGCGAGGAGAGAGACGGAGAAGGCCGGGAAGGUCACGGACAAGCCGUUCAAGCCGACGAGCCUGACGAAGCACGCGUGCGGGCUGGGCGGGUACGGCGGAUGUAUCGGCGGGAAGCACGAGAGCGUUCCCGGCGGCGACGUCGACCCGAACGACGAGAAGCUGAUGAAGGGCGACCCGCGACUCGACGAGAAGCCGCGGCAGAUCACGACGUGCCCGGGAAAGAAAGGGAGCUACGGCACCCGCGGGACGACGCUCGGGGGACCGAAAGGGCACGGCGUGGCCGGGGAGUAUUCGUACAAGGGGGACGAGUACGACGCGGAGAGAAAAGCGAACGCGGCGCGGGAGAGAGAGGGGAAGAAGAAGAUGCAGGGCUCCGCGUGGGCGCCCGCGCGCGCGCCGAAGAAGGGCGGGUACGGCACCCGCGGGACGACGAUCGGGGGCCCGAAGGGCGCGGGGGUGGUGGGGGAGUAUUCGUACAAGGAGGAAGGGCCGGAGCUUCCGGAGCCGAAGGGGAGCCCGAUCGAGAAGCAGUGGCGUCCGAGUCACCCGCCCAAACGCGGGUACAACGCGACGUUGCAACGGUUUCCGAAGCACAUGGCGGACCCCGCGGAGCUGAAGAUCGCGGCGGCGAGGGAGAAGAUGGAGGCGGACGCGGAGCUCAUCGAGAAGCCCUUCGUGCCGCCGUUCACCGGGUGCAAGUCCCAGGCGACGAAGUCCGUGGUGAAGAUGAACCUCGGGCGGUGA